AUGUCGAGCUCAUUCAAAUACCACUCCCUACGCAGCUCCAGCCCUGACGCCAUGGAGGCAACAGACUCCACCUCCACCUCCGCCCCCAAAUCGCCAAAUCCCGAAUCCCUUCCUAUCGCCGAGCAGCUCCAGCCCGCAACGGAUGAUGACCUCGACGCGACCUACCGCGCCAAAGCGGACGUGCUGAACCGUGCGAUCCAGGAGAUCGGCAUGGGCCGGUACCAGUGGCAGCUUUUUGUGGUGAUCGGGUUCGGCUGGGCGAGCGAUAAUCUCUGGCCGAUCGUGACGUCGCUUGUCCUCACGCCGUUGACAUAUGAGUUUGGAGUCGCGAAGCCGCCGCUUCUCACAUUGGCGCAGAAUAUUGGGCUGUUGAUCGGGGCUGUGUUUUGGGGCUUUGGGUGUGAUAUUUUCGGUCGGCGGUGGGCGUUUAAUCUCACCAUCGGCAUCACGGCCGUGUUUGGGUUGGUCGCGGCUGGAUCGCCAAAUUUUGGGGCUGCUUGUGGCUUUGCGGCGCUAUGGUCUCUUGGUGUUGGAGGUAAUCUGCCUGUGGAUUCGGCUAUAUUCCUGGAGUUCUUGCCAGGCUCGCAUCAGUAUCUCUUGACGAUUUUGUCGAUUGACUGGGCGUUUGCGCAGUUGUUGGGUAAUCUAAUUGCUUGGCCUCUACUGGGAAACAUGACCUGCGGAUCGGAGGAAAGAUGCACCAGAGAUGGGAACAUGGGAUGGCGGUAUUUCCUCAUCGCUAUGGGCGGACUAGCCAUGCUGAUGUUCAUCUCGCGAUUUGUCUUCUUCACCAUAUACGAAUCGCCAAAAUACCUAAUGGGCAAAGGCCGGAAUCAAGAAGCAGUGCAAGUCGUGCACGAGGUAGCGCGACGAAACGGCAAAACCUCGACCCUGACUCCAGACGACCUAGACCGACUCGACGAAAGCCAGUCGCACGGCUACACCGCAGCGAAUAUCGUCCGACAACGGCUCGAGAAGCUGAAAUUGGGCCAUAUCCGCGCAUUGUUCGACACGCCUAAACGAGCCUUCUCCACCACCCUGAUCAUCCUUGUCUGGGCCUUUAUCGGUCUCGGAUUCCCACUAUACAACGCCUUCCUUCCCUACAUCCAGCAAGCGCGUGGCGCAGAGUUCGGCGACGGAUCAACCUACAUCACCUACCGCAAUUCGCUUAUUAUCGCGACGAUGGGUAUCCCCGGUUGUCUCCUCGGCGGACUACUGGUCGAACUACCCAAUUUUGGAAGAAAGGGUGCACUGUCACUUUCAACUGCAUUGACGGGCGCAUUCCUCCUCGCCUCAACCACAGCAACAACCUCAAAUUCUCUGCUAGGCUGGAACUGCGCAUUCAACUUCAUGAGCAGUCUCAUGUACGCCGUGUUGUAUGCCUACACUCCCGAAAUCUUCCUAACAAAAGACCGCGGAACAGGCAACGCCCUAACGGCCUCCGCGAACCGAGUCUUCGGCAUCAUGGCACCCAUCAUCGCCAUGUUCGCGAACCUGGAGACCGCCGCACCGGUAUAUGUGAGCGGCGCCCUCUUCAUCGCAGCCGGUGUUUUGGUCGUCUUCAUGCCUUACGAGUCACGGGGAAAAGCGAGUCUGUGA